CAAAUUCAUAACAAUGCAAGGCUUUUGGAAUCUCAUAGGGAAAUCUGGACAAGGUCCUGGAAAAGAUUUUCAAUAUGAUGUAGGAGAGAAGCUUUCCUCAAAUUUUGAUUCAAAAUCAAUCUGGAGUCUUCACCAUGGAAAGAAGCGGACAAAUGGGGAUAUUGUUACAGUAUUUGCAUGUGAUGGAAAAACUAGCUCACCCGAUGAGCUUCACCUUGCUAAGACUUCUCAUAAGAGGUUAAAAACACUGCGACAUCCAAACAUUAUUAAAUACAUUGAUGGUUUUGAAUCAGAAAACUUGGUAUAUGUUGUUACUGAACCAGUUAUUCCAUUAUCAACAUUUCUGGAUGAAGAAGACGGUCGAAAUGCUAACCUUAUCACUUGGGGUCUACAUCAAGUCACUAGUGGAUUGAGUUUUUUGAUAAACAACGGGAACCUUAUUCAUGACAAUCUGAAUAUUUUUUCCAUUUUUGUUGGUUUGGAUGGCGAAUGGAAACUGGGUGGUGUGGAAUAUGUUCACCCUGUAAAUAGUGAUGGUGUUGCAAAACUGCCGUAUUUGACACGUUAUGACACACCAAAUAAAAGAGAUGGCAGAAAAAACGAAAUAUGGUCAACUGACGCUUGGGGGCUUGGUUGUUUAAUAUGGGAGAUUUAUAAUGGUGCAUUGCAGAAUGCAUCUGAUUUAAAGAAUAUAAACAAAAUUCCAAAACCACUAGUUGUACAUUAUUGUGACUUGGUGAGUGCAAACCCAAAAAAUCGAACGAACCCGAAAGUAUUUCUAGAAAAAUGUACAAAGCCUGGACAGUUCUUAAAGAACGAAUUUAUAAAUGCUAAUUUAUUUCUGCAAGAAAUCCAGAUCAAAGAUCAAGCUGAACAAAAAGAAUUUUUCUUGUCACUUGAUAAAAGUUUGGAUAACUUUCCCAAACAGUUUUGUAUCCACAAAGUGUUGCCACAACUGUUAAAUGCGUUUGAGUUCGGCUCAGCAGGAUCUGCUGUUCUUUCACCACUGUUUAAGGUUGGCCUUCUUCUUGAUGAUGCUGCAUAUCAAUCAAAAAUAUUACCUUGUAUAAUAAAACUAUUCUCAUCAAAUGAUCGUGCAACUCGGAUACAACUUUUACAACAGAUGGAAAAAUUUGUAAAACACCUUCAGCCAGCAGUUGUUGAUAAUCAAAUAUUUGGUUGCGUAGCAACAGGUUUUGGUGACACAUUACCUGCAAUGAGAGAACAGACAGUGAAGGCUAUGUUGUUGUUGGCUCCUAAACUUUCAGAGAAAACCAUCAAUAAUCAACUGUUGAGAUAUUUUGCAAAAUUACAGAUGGAUGAACAACCUGGAAUUAGAACCAACACAACAAUAUGCUUAGGAAAGGUUGCACCAUAUCUGUCGAAAGCAACACGUCAGAAAGUGUUAGCUCCCGCCUUCACACGAGCUAUUCGAGAUCCCUUCCCGCCAGCUAGGUCAGCAGGAAUCAUGGCUAUUGCGGCGACGCAAGAAUAUUACAGCAUGCCUGAGGUUGCUACGAAAAUUUUACCAGCAUUGUGUUGUCUUACGGUUGAUCCGGAAAAGACCGUGCGAGGAAAUGCUUUCCGUGUCAUAAAAAAUUUUGUUGCCAACUUGGAAAAGUAUUCGAGUAAUCCAGAAAGCGCUCUCAACAAUAAAGAAGUUGCAGAAAAAGAAGCAAAGGAUGGCACCUGGACAGGCUGGGCGGUAUCUUCGCUCACUUCAAGAUUCUAUCAAUCACAACAGAACAGAGAAGGUUCGCAGACUCAAAAGAAAGAAACUUCAGAGGAGAAGCCAAAACAGCAACAUUUAUCUCCACCGGUGUCAACCAACCAAAAUGAAUCCGAUGCAUCCGAUAUGUCUGAUUACGGAGAUGCUUUAGGAGAUGAAGACUGGCAGGAUCCGCAGGAUGAUUUUACGUCAAUCAAAAACAGCAUGAUUUCAGCUCGCGAAGAUUUGCCUGGCUUUUCUAACAGGAACGAAAAAAAUAACGAUAAAAAUGACAGUGAUAGCGACUAUGGUGAUUGGGGAGGAGCAGAUAAUUGGGAAGGUGAUGAUUCAUGGACAGCUGUUGAAAACAAAGCCAGUAAAAAGGCUGGUGCUAAAAAAACAUCCGUGAAGAAGAACGAUGAAGAUAAAUCGGUAGCUGAAUUGCUUGGGAUGGAUACCAGUGGAGGAGAAUUUUUGAAUGAAAACACUCCUGCCAGCGGCUGGGACGAUGGAUGGAACAGCACAACGACUUCCGCCUUCUCAACUAAACCCUUCACUUCGUCGAAAACCGCCAAAAAGGGCAACGAAGGAGCUUCCCUGAGAACAACUGACAUGGAUGGGUGGGGAGACAAUAACGACUUGGCGGAUAGCAAAACUGCAAGCGGAUGGGAUGAAUCUACGAGUGGAUGGGACGACAAUACGUCAAGUGGUUGGGAGGAAGCUAACAAUUCAGCGGGUUGGGAAGAUGACUUUAAUAGUGACUAUGUUAAAUCUGAAGAAGAAUUAAAAAAGGAAAGAAAGAAAGAAGAGUUGCAAAGAAAAAGAGAAGAACGGAAAAUGCAAAGAGAGCUAGCAAACAAAGAGAAAAAAGGUAAACCCAGUGGAGGAGGGGCUUUAAAACUUGGAGCUGUUAAAAAGACGACCAGAUAAUGUUUCAUCUAAUGCAUGUCUAACAUUUGAUGUCGUAUUCACGGAAUUUUAUUGGUAUUUUGUAGACACUUUCUUAAUGAUUUGGAGUGUUAACAGGAAAAAAGGAUUCUUUGGAUAGAAUAUUUUAUUAGAUAUUUAUUUUUUAUCGAAAUAUAAUUUUGGAAAUUUGGAAAAAUAAAUUCAGAAAAAAUCAAACUAUGACAUUCUAAACAGA